GCCCCCAGCGCUGCCCGGCUUCCCCCCGCUCAACCCUCCCCAAGCACUGCGGCGAGACGGGAAGAGCCGUCCCCCUCUCUGCUCCCUACCCCGGCCUCCCGCCGCCUGGCACCGCGAAGGCGGGGCGUCCCUGGCCUGGAGGGGGCGGCCACAGGCGCCGGCUGCCCUUUCCCCCGCCCUCCACCUGCUCGCCGCUUUUGUUUGGGAAGAGGGGUGUGGGGGAGGCGCGGCCCCCCUGCGUGUGGCGGGGCGGGGGUGGCCCGGGCACGGCUCCGGGGCGGCUCGGGGCUCACGGACCUUGUCACCGCCGCCUUUGUCUGCCGGUCGGUCGGAGAUUGCUCCCCCCUCGCCCUGCAUCUGCUCCUCCUCGGCCUGGGGAUCGCGCCGUGGGGCUGCCGCUCCCGGGGAGGGGCGAGUAGACGGAACGCGGGUUUCGCCCUCUUUUCGGGGCGAGAGGGAGGCGGAGGCGCCUCUCCCCGCCCGGCACACCGCGCUGCUCGGCGGCGUUUGCCCCGCCGCCAAGUUGCCACAAGUUGGAGCCGCCCCCCCGCCGCCGGGCUCUGGCCUCGGCGUGAGACAAUACCGCGGGCUGCGGGGAGGAGGAGGAGGAGGGGGGCGGGCGGAGCAGCCCUCGCUCGCCGCCGAUGGGGCCGGGCCGGCCGGCGCUGCGGGGCGGGUAGGUGGCUCGGCGGGGGCCGCCGGCAGGCGCGCACCGGGGAGCGGCCGGCAGAGAAGAGCCAGCCCCGGCCGCAAACGGCGCUCCAUGGAGGACGUGGGGCUGCGGGCCGGGCGGGAGCGGCUGGCCGGCGGCGACUCGCGGCUCGGCGCCGUGCUGGUGGAGCCGGGGCCCGUGAUGGUGAUGGUGGAGCAGCGGGCAGCCGAGGGCUACAAGCUGGUGGAGGUGCAGCUGACCGGCGGGGCUCCGUGGGGCUUCACGCUGAAGGGCGGACGGGAGCACGGGGAGCCCCUCAUCAUCACCAAGAUAGAAGAUGGGAGCAAGGCUGCAGCUGUGGACAAGUUACUAGCUGGGGAUGAAAUUGUUGGCAUCAAUGAUGUGAGCCUCUCUGGCUUCCGACAAGAAGCAAUCUGUCUGGUGAAAGGUUCACACAAGACGCUGAAGCUUGUAGUAAAAAGGAGAAAUGACCUAGCCUGCAGGCCACACUCCUGGCACGCAACCAAAUUUACGGAAAGUCAGCCUGAGACAGCCACGUCACACCUUUCCUCGUCUAAUGCCUGCGCCGCCUGGCACUCCCACUAUCAUGCAAGUAGUUGUUCUUCUCAUGACCUGUCAAACUCGUGGGAUCAGUCAAGUCUAUAUCGCACUUCUGACCAAUUCAGCUCUUUGGGAAGUAUGGACAGCUGGGACCACACUCCACAAGUAGCCCAGUAUGGAAGACUUUCUUCAGCAAGGUCUAAUAGUAGCAUUGAUCAUCUAGGGAGCCAGAGUAAGCGGGAUUCAGCCUAUGGGUCUUUCUCCACGAGUUCUAGCACCCCUGACCACACUCUGUCCAAUGCAGACACUUCUUCGACAGAGAACAUGCUAUACAAAGUGGGCCACUGGGAGACUGCUAAGCAUGGAAGCAAGUCUGGCCAGUUUUUGAAUGACAGCAGUGGAAUAGAGGACAAACCUGGGUAUUUGCCAGCUCCCAUUCAAUAUGAGAACAACAAAAGUCCUAGAAUAGAGGAACACCCAGAUAGCAAGCUCACUAGCUCUGGAAGAUCCAGUUUUGGACCUGUCUGGUAUGUUCCUGAUAAGAAGAAGUCUUCAUCUCCUCCCCCCCCACCCCCACCUCUUCGUAGUGACAGCUUUGCUGCUAUCAAAGGCCAUGAGAAAGCCCAUGGCCCUGUGUACUCAGAGGGUGCCAGCACGCAGCACUUUACAGCCCUGAACCGAUCUCAACCCAGGAAUGACUGGAGCUUGGAAACUGUGGAGCAGCAGCGGCGGCUCUCCAAAGCAUGUGACAGGAGGAUCAGCAGCUCAAAUUAUAAAUCCGAUCUCAGUUCAGAACAUGCUUUUUCUUCAACUGGUGAAAGGUACAGUAGUAAUGCAGGACCUGUGAACAGACUGCAGUCAUCCUUGUCCAGCACCGACGUUCGGUUUGCACAGCCUGCUUACACUUACCACCACCAGCACCAGUACAGCGAUGAAAGCACUUUAUAUCACAGUGCAAGAAUCUUAGCUGCACCUAAAGAUCAGCAACAUUAUCUGUCCUACAGUGGCAUUCAGGAGUUAUCUACAGAUCAUUUUCAUGGCUACAGUCCAAACCAAGCCAGCCUGCUCAACACUGCCUCUUUGAACAGUGCUGCUGAACAGAAGGUGGACAACACUGGACAGAGUCGAUAUUAUUGUGUGACGGCAAAACAUCCUGCUCAGGGAAGCUCAAAGCCAAUACAACUCAAGGAUGACAGCUGGAAACCUGCAGUGGGAACUGAUGUAUCUCUUGGACCUCAUGAAAAUCCUGCAGUUAUCACAAUGGCCCAAACCCCAAAAUACUAUCUACCUCAACAAUCUAUUGAAUCUUCACUGAAAAGGUGUGAGAACAGUAGUCAUUACCCAAUGGACAGAGAGCGGGAUGUAAUAGAAGAAGCUAAAAAACCCAGUCAUACUGAAAAGUCUGGACAAAAGAAAAACUGUGAGAGCAGCUUUGAGGAAAGUGAAACUAGGCAUGGUCAGCAGGAGUAUGCAAAGAGUUGUGUCCUUACCACUGAAAACAGAUCUGCUCAGAAAGAUUUUAGGUGGGGUAAAGAUGAGAGUAGCAAGAUUUCUCCUCAGAAGACCCCAAUGUUGCACUCUUUAGCUCAGGAAGGGAAAAAGCAGUCUGACAACAACCCAGAAGUGGUAACAGAACGACAGGCUCCAUUUGACACUCACUUGUCUAAACAGGCACGAAGGAGUGAUCGUUUUGCAACAACCCUGAGAAAUGAGAUCCAAAUGAGAAGAGCAAAGCUGCAGAAAAGUAGAAGUACUGCUACGUUAGUAGGGUCAUCUGAAGCGGAGGAGUGCAAUGAGACCUGGAAACCAGAUUCAGCAGGGAAUGACACCACCUCCCCAGACACAAACUUUACCAGCACCUACAAAGAUCACCUUAAGGAAGCUCAGGCCAGGGUUCUGAGGGCGACAUCCUUCAAACGUCGGGACUUAGAGCCCAGCCCUGCUGAAUAUCUCCCCCGGUCGCCUGAGCGGAAAACUGGUAGUCACAACUCUUCGUUAUUGGCUUUGGUUUCUGAAGAUGUGUCUGGAUUCUUCGAGGCUACACAAGCUAAACCGAACCCUUCAGGGAGUGGCACUCAUCAUGUUUCUCGCAUUGGAGCCAGGAAGAGGUUCACAACAGAGCAAAAGCUGAAGUCUUACUCUGAACCAGAGAAGAUGAAUGAGGUGGGGAUGUCAGAGGAUGAGUGCCAUGCUCAUUGUCGUCCAGAUAUACCAGAAGAAGCCCUGGGCUCAUUUGCAGACAGGUGGAAAUUUUUUGAAGAAACAAGUAAACCUGCAUUUAGAAAAUCAUCACAGAAACUUGUUCCCCAUGGUCUAGCAGAGGGACAGCCUGAGAGGAAAACUCGUGGUGGACAAGAGGGAGAGGAGUUGUGGUAUUAUGAGAGAAGGGGUCGGGUGGCCUCUGCUGGACUUGAAACUGCUCAUGCUUCAAAAGAUAGUAUUCGCCACAGCAGCAGCAAUAAGGCUGCUGAUAGGAUUGUGAAAUCUGCACAGCCACAGCGCCUGGGAACCUUUGCAGAGUAUGAGGCAUCAUGGAAGGAGCAGCGGAAGCCAAUAGAACCAAGGAACUCAGGAAGGUACCAUUCAGCUGAUAACAUCCUUGAUGCAGGCCAUGAACAACAUGGGAAAUCCCAAUACACCCAUGAGAGGUCUAGAUCAUCCCCUUCCACUGAUUUCUACAAACAGGAAGUUUCAGUUGAACUAAGGAGGCAAGCAGAGGAUUUAAAGGAAGAUGGGGAGUGUAUUUUCUCUAAAGUCAACAAACUGGAUGAAAGGAACUGCACUGUAAGGCAAGCUGACACUGGGGCCCUAAGGGAAAACUCACAAGAGAAAAGGGAUCAGCUGGACCAGAAUUUAGACCACAAGUGGAAGGCAUCUGUCAGACCUUUGUAUGUGCAAGAACCUGCAGUUCUGCCUCAUGAGAGUCGGGGCAGGUCUGGGACAUUGCCCAGUGAUUACCGAUACUCUCAGGAAAACGUGAGCGAGAAGAGCAAAGAUCGUAGCCUGCCUCAUCUCACCUGCUCUGAGCCACAGCCCUUGAACGAGAACCACUCCUAUCUGUCCCGGGGCAAAGGAGAGGAAAACCAUAGGAUAGAGCCGUUGCUGCUGAACAAGAAGCGUGGACCUGCUCCUCAGAGGCCACCACCACCUAAAAUAGAUAAAUACAGGCGACCAGAUAAUUCUGCACCAUCGCUUGGCACCUCUUCUGAAUCUCUGCUGGCAGCAGUCAGCCAGCCCUUUCUGUCCUCAUCCCCCAGCUCUGCUGAAGUCUUUGCUAGUCACUCCUCUCUCUCUCAGAGUCCUGCAGCUUUCAAUGGAAAACUGAAAAGUGCUAACCCACAGCAGCUCCAGCAAGUGUCAUCCACAGAGAAUGUUUGUCAGCACUUAGAAGAAAAAACUAACCUUAGGUCUGAGUCUUCCAAGUAUCGAUAUCUUCAAAAUCCUGGCAUGGAGUCAUCAAGGUCCCCUUCUCCCCAGUUUGCACCACAGAAGCUCACUGAUAAACCUCCUGUGUCUGUACAGGAUGACAACCCAGCCAGAAUUGAAAGGGUUAUAGACAACAAUACUACGGUGAAAAUGGUUCCCAUCAAAAUAGUUCAUUCUGAGACCAGCGCAGAGAAGGAGAGUCGGCAGAGUCUUGUCAGUACUAUGGAGCCUCCUGCUUUACCCAGUGGUUUGGAAAAGGACCAGAUUAAAACACUCAGCACUUCUGAGCAGUCCUAUUCACGAUUCUGUGCUUACACCAGGCAAGGUGUAGAACCAGAGCCGGAAGCCAGAACCAAACCAGCUGACCCUCAACCAGCUGAAGAACCUGGGAGCAACUUGAAGGACAGCAGUGCUGCCACACAAGCAGCCAGCUAUGUAAAGGCCAAAGAAAAGAGCUUCGAAGACUGGAAGUCAGAAGAACUUGCCAGAGAGAUUGUGGGAAGAGAUAAAUCUCUAGCAGACAUAUUAGAUCCUAAUGUGAAAAUCAAAACAACAAUGGAUCUGAUGGUUGGUAUAUUCCCUAAAGAUGAACAUCUCCUAGAAGAAGCUCAGCAGCGCAGGAAGCUCCUGCCAAAAGUUCCUUCUCCAAAAAUUUCAGAAGAGAAGAAAGAGGAGCAGAGCGCACCGUCUGCCAUCUCCCUGACAACCAAUUCUACUUACUACAGCACAUCUGCACCAAAGGCAGAGCUGCUGAUUAAAAUGAAGGACAUGCAGGAGCAGCAGCAACAGCAGCAGAGUGAGGAUGAUUCUGAAGAUGAGCUGGAUCAUGACUUGUCAGAGAAGAAGCAAGAACUUAUUGACAGCAUUAGUAGGAAGCUGCAGGUGCUGAGAGAAGCACGGGAGACGCUUCUGGAAGACAUCCAAGCAAAUAAUAUACUGGGGGAGGAGGUAGAGGCCAUUGUGAAAGAGGUUUGCAAACCAAAUGAGUUUGACAAAUUCAAGAUGUUUAUUGGCGACCUUGACAAAGUGGUCAACCUCCUGCUGUCCCUGUCCGGUCGUCUGGCCCGAGUGGAAAAUGCCCUUAAUAACCUGGAUGACAACACUGCUCCGGAAGAACGGCGGACAUUGGUAGAUAAGCAAAAGCUGCUGACCCAGCAACAUGAAGAUGCAAAGGAGCUGAAGGAAAACCUGGAUCGUCGAGAGCGCAUUGUCUUUGACAUUUUGGCAAACUACUUGAGUGAGGAGAACUUAGCAGACUAUGAGCACUUUGUGAAAAUGAAGUCGGCCCUGAUCAUUGAGCAACGGGAGCUUGAGGACAAGAUCAAGCUGGGAGAAGAACAGCUGAAGUGUCUGACCGAUAGCCUCCAACCCGAGCGGCUCAAAUAAGGGGACUGGUUUGACCAACCAUGUGAAAAAUGGGAAAGAAGGAAGGAAGGGGAUGGGUUCCAAGUAUACAAAUGAGUAUCUUGGCUUGCCUGAGUGUCUGGUAGAGAAACAAGUGCACAAGAGAAAAAUAGCUCUCACAACAGCAAUAAUGCUCUUUCAUUUUUUUUGGAAUGAUAUAUUUAAUUUUUUAAGACACAUUUUUAUUGCUGGACUCUACAGCUGUUUCUCAUUGCUUAACUUGCAGAAAGCUCCACCGGAAAGGACAGACUCUUAACCUUUCUGCUCAGUACAUUUGAAGUCUGUGGCAGUUGUGCAUGCAAACAGUGAUUUUUAGAAUAGGCUGUAUACUUUCUUUAUGUUCAGAUGCUGCACAGACUGCUGGGAAACCCAACAACAAUUCAUGAAUGCACACAAAUUUAGAAGCUCUACAUUUAGUGAGUUUUUAUUUUUUUUUAAGACACAUUAAAUAGGGGAAGCGUGUAUCUUAUAGCUAAUAUAUUCAGAUUGCUGAAAUCUAGUGUCACUCUGAUCCUGUGGCAUCAGACACUUUUUUGUAAUAUUGUAUAUAGGAUGGCACUUUCCCCUUGCAGAAAAUAACUUUAAGAUCAGUUUCAGUUAAACGCUUUUUAAACCAGCUUGCAAAUCACCUAAUGACUACCUUGCUGAAGAUUUUUUUUUUAAUUAUUUUGCAAGACAUAUUUGUACACCCUUUUAAUGCAGUGCAAGUGAUUUUCUUUACCAAGUUGUACUUGAUUUAAGAAACAGGCUGGAAGUACUGUGCUGAUUUUGUUCAAAACAUUUUUCAUCUAAAUUAUUUAGAAGGCUUGUUUGCUCUUUUUUGUGCUUUUUAUGCAUGUUUUUAUUAUUCUUCCCCCAAACCCAUAACCCUUCAUGAAAAUAAAUGUGGGUUAAGGACACUGCUUCUAUUUUUCUUCUGAUUGCUCAACAUCGUGAUGGUUUUAUACAGACAGUUAAGUUAUAUUGAAGUUAACCUACAUAAUGCUGAUCAUUCCUCUUUCUCAGACUACCGAAUGCAAUAUAAACACUUCUGCCUUGUAAAUACAGUGCAUUACUUGGAGCAACUCUGCUUUGUAACUGUGAACAGAAGUGGGGCUGUUUGUUUGCUUUUUCCAUUGCACAGCGAUAAAGGAGAGGAUGCUAGUUCACAGUAUCAGAUUACUGCUUGUGUUCUCAUAAUACUGCCGUUGACUUAUAACAGAUGAUUUCCAGUAGCUCCAAAAAGAGGCGCUAACUCAUGUUUUAGUGCAGUAAUAGGUUAUGCUGACUUGCUUAGAUGCCUACAGAGAAAUUCUGUAGUGUCUAAAUGUCACAUUCUGUGUUAAGAUAAAGUUUUGCAGACAAAGUCUUGGGUGACUUUGUGUAUAUGCCAUUUACUUUGUAGUAAGGAAAACAUUUAUCUCUCCUCAGACAAAUAGGUUCCCCAACAAGCCAUUUUCAAGGCUGAUGUGAAUGCCAGUCUGUAGCUAAGCUGGUUGAAAAUACAAGUAGUCAGCUGUUGAAAAGAGAGAAGAGACUUCUUCCCACUACUCCUGCAGUAUGGCAGCAUUCACGAGAGUUUUUCUGUCCUUCUUACCUAAAUUCUCUCUUCUGUGGGGAGAGAACUGGAGAGGUGCUGAUCAAUGAAUUCCUUGCGAGCUGGGGAACUGGGGAGCAAAAAAUCCUCUGGAACCAGUUCCUUUACAGAGAGGUGCAAACAUUGAAAGGACUGUUGCCCCCUGCCCCCACCUUAUAGUGCACUACUUUGUAUAACCUGGACCAAAUCUUUAAUUAAAUGAUGUUGAUGUGUAUCAGUUGAGGUCAGAUGGAGCUACCAUGUUACAAGACCUACAGCUGACCUUAGUUUCUCCCUCUUGUUCAGAAAUGUAGUCUUCUGACAUCUCACAGUUAUAUGCUGCUAUGUUCCUAGGACAAGUGAUCCCUUUGUCCUUAAACUUAUCCCUUAACCAUAACAGACCCAAAACUAAACAUAAAUUAUGCUUGUCUUUUAGCUUGGAGAAAAGUGUGCAUUGUUUUAUCUGUGGCAUUUUAAAAAUUUUACAUAUUGUGGUUACUCUGAAAUGUGUAUGUGAAAUGUGAAUAAUAAUAUAAUUGCAAUGUGUUUGUAUACAGUACUUCGAGUUAGAUCUCUGAUAAAAGGUAGCAAUAUUGUGAAAGCUGUAUCUAUUAUCCUUUUCACAGAACAGUUGUGUAGACACCAUUUCCUUUCCUUUUUUAAAACUCUUGAAAAUCUCACCCUGGGAAACCUGAAGGCGGUUGCCUCCCAAUGUUAUAUGUAAAUCUGUAAAUAGCUAUACUGUUGCUUUUUGGAAAAAUCUGGUGCUAAUGUUUUGCCUUUGGCAUCCUGGGGAUGGCCGUUUCUUCAUCCUUUGUUCUUCUCAAUUCUAGAUCUCUUUGUAUAGUGAGAAAUUUCCACAAUGCUUCUUCAACUGUUUGGAUCCUGCAGCCCAGAGUGAAAAUGUACAGUUUUCCUGCCUGACACUUAACACGUACCUACUGACAAAUGGUAUUGCUUGACUUUGAGAAAAUAAACUGUAUAUUUCAAUGUA